AUGGAUCGCGAUCGCUCCCGCCCCACCGCAUCUCAUCUCAUCUCAUCGCCAUCGCUUCUCAACGAGGAGUGGCAGCCAUGGUAUGAUAUUGCCGGCGGCCGCGCUAUCCCGAUUUUUCCGGCCGAUGGCGGUGCAAGCUCACAAAUCACAAAAGAGGACCCACACGAUCGACCGACCCAAGCUGUCGGGCUCAGUAGCGGUGAAGACUCAUUCAACCUUGAACGAUUCAACAAGCCUGGAAGAGUCCCCGAACUUUCGUGGCCAUCCACGGGACUGGAAUAG